AUGAACACAAACUCGGAAGUAAUGAACACAAACUCGGAAGUAAUGAACACAAACUCGGAAGUAAUGAAAAGUAUCUCAGAAGUAAUGAAAAGAAACUCAGAAGUAAUGAAAAGUAUCUCGGAAGUAAUGAAAAGAAACUCGGAAGUAAUGAAUCGACUUAUUCUUGACCAAAGUCAUGAGACAGGCUUCAUGACACGUGCAAGAGCAUACUCCUUUAGAAUCGUUAAUCAGGAAUACUUCCUCAAUAAUCUUGUGCCAACUGCGUCAGAAGAAGAAGUUCAAGAUUGGUUCGAUAAACUGAUGAAGGCUCUCCCCAACUUUUCAAGUAACCUCUCUGUGGUAGACACACAUACCAAUAUAUAUCUUGAAGGAUAUAAACCAGACUUCAGCAUCCUUCUUAAUGAGGAUGCAGUAAAUCAAGUUUAUAUUCCGAUGUUUGUAUGUACACUUCUGGAGGUGAAGAAAAGAAAGAGUCCUAGUUCUGGUUUGACUGAUGAAUAUAAGGGCCAACUGUUAGACUAUAUUCAAGUUCUUAUUCAACAGCAACUAUUGCGUGUACAUUUUGCGAUAUUUCUAUCAGAUGGGUUUAAUUUUUAUGUAAUGGAUUAUGAUAGAGAUACUAAACAAUAUAGUGAAUUUACAACCAAUAUCCUGACUGGGAUAUGCCUUUUUUGGGUGUUGAUCAAUGAUAAGUCACCUUUUAUAAGUUUGGUUGGACCUAGGAGUAUUAACUUCAGGACGCAAUCAGAAUACAUAAGAAUAUAUUUAAAGGGGUAUUUGGGUAAAGGUGCAUCUUCAACAGUAUAUGAGAUUGACUUUAAAAAUAUUUCAUCUGCUAUAAAAAUUCUUGAAACUGGUUAUACUCUGAAUAAUGAGGUGUGUGCACUAGGAUUUUUGAAUGAGCUUCAUAUCCAAAAUGUUCCAACUUAUGUUGUGCAUGAUAACAAUUCGAUAAUUAUUCGCCCAGUCUGUAAACAAAUUGGUAAUAACUUUCUAGUAUCUCAUGCUCAACAGCUCCUCCGCCUCCUAAAACGCAUUCAUAGUUAUGCAAUUUAUCAUCAAGAUAUGCGUCCCGAAAACAUUUUAUUAGACACCAAUAACAAUAAACUUGUUCUUGCUGACUGGGGAUCAGCAAUCAGAUAUUUUAAUAAUAACGGUACAGUAGAAUAUGCAGGAACAAUUUUAUUUUCUUCACCAAAUAUUUUAAGCAACAAUUUUGGUUCUUAUAUUCCCAAAGCAUUUGAUGACUUAUAUUCUUUUAUACGUACAAUUUAUAUUUUACGUAAUCUGUCAAAAAGGCCAACUAUUCCUAAUGGGAACUUAACAUUGAAAGCAAAAGUAAUUAGAGAAUACUGGGAUGAUAAGGUAGAUAUAAAACUAGAUGGACCAUUUUGGAUAGAGAUGAUCGAUGCAGCAACAAAUGAAAAUUAUGAUGUACUGGAGAAAUGUUGCUAUGUUUUUAAAAAAUGA